AUGUCAUACACCGAGCAUAGAAUCAUCUCUUCAGAAUACCCACUUGCUCCCCUUGAAUGCUCAGAGCCGUGCCUGGAGUGGACCGAUCAGAUGACACGAGUUCUGGAACCCAUCACCACCAAGGCUUUCAACGAGCAUGGUGAGCAGUAUCCUUACUCCACCAACAGCCCAUCCGCUGACCCUCGCCCAAACGACCACCAGUUCGACGUCUUCGAAUACUGGGACAAGCCAAAGCUCAAUGGCCACGCCGCAUCCCAAGAUCUCGUCCUGCGCCCCUGGGCCGAGCACGGAGCCGUCGCCAACACCAUCCUCAUCAUAUGCCGCGACCACUGCAGGGUCAACAACGCAGCCGGCUUUGGCUGCGGUCGGCCCUGCGCCGAGCAGUCCUGCCCAAACGUAGUCUUCGUCGCCGACGGCAAUUUGUGUUUUGCCCACGCCUCGUCCCUUGCCAUGUUCGACGCCAAGCAGCGACACCGAGCCUCCCGCGAGGCGGUGGCCCUGGAGCGGGCCAGGGACGAUCGCGAGGCGGCGGCGGCGGCGCUCUUUGUGCUCAACGCCGGCGCCGUCGACAGGCCCAUGCCCGAUCCCGAGAACUACAUGACGUGGUACGAUCAGGAGCUGGACAAGUGGUACUGCAUAAAGGCCACCGAGAGGCUUUUGCAGGCCGCCCAACUUAUCCUGCCCGGGCAGCCCCACCACGAUCCUCUCCGACGCAGCGUCCAGGAGACUGCGCAGACCUUUUUGGAGAAGUUUACGGCCCCUAGGGAGCCGAUGGAGCUGGACUCGGACUCGGAGUCGGAGCAGUGA